ACCCGGAAAUAGACUCUACCACUUCCGGAUUCAACAUAACGCACAUGGUCAGGAAAGUUGUUGUUUUGUCAUUAUUAAGAGUUAUAUUUUAAAAUAAUUUACAACACUGCUUUUUUUUUGAGUAGACUGUAAUGAGGAUAAUAUUUUGCUGAAAUGGGAGAUCAAGUGGAACUGAUCGUUGGAAGUUAUGAGCAAAUAGUGUUUGGGUACCGAGUGUGUCCUGGAGAACAGGAAUGGCGAUUAGAGCCGGUGUUCACGCACCAUGCUCACACAGCAUGCCUGUCCGCAGUGGCAGCCAACGAGCAGUUCGUCGCUACAGGAAGCAAAGAUGAAACCAUACAAAUCUACAACAUGAAGACAAGAACGGAGCAUGGAGCGUUAUUACACCAUGAUGGUACUAUCUCGUGUCUGGAGUGCUCUACAUCUCACUUACUGAGCGGUGGAGAAGACGGCCUUCUGUGUGUGUGGAGCACAAAGACAUGGGAAUGUUUGAAAUCCAUCAAAGCACACAUGGGUCAUGUGACUUCUCUCUCAUUGCAUCCAUCUGGAAAACUUGCGCUAUCUGUUGGAACGGACAAGAAGCUAAGAACGUGGAAUCUUAUCGAAGGAAGGGCAGCUUUCACCAAGAAUAUUAAACAAACUGCACAGAUCGUGCAGUGGUCACCAGCAGGAGAUAAGUACGUUGUAGUUGUGAAUGAUAAAUUGGACAUCUACAACCUGGAGUCUGCCAGCAUCAUCGGCACCUUCAGCUACAGGAAGAGGAUUUCAUCUGUCAGAUUUUUCAAGAACACGCUGCUGGCCGUGGCAGGAGAUGAUGAACAUGUACAAGUGUAUGAUCUCACCUCUGAAAAGUGCAUCUGUGAGUUCAAAGCUCAUGAAAACAGAGUAAAAGCAUUGGACAGCUUUGAGAUGAAUGACUUGUGUGUGUUGGUCACUGUGUCUAAUGAUGGAUUCAUCAAGCUGUGGGACUUCAGUACAGAGAGGCAGGAGGCAGUGCGUCUGCUAGGACAGGUGAACACCACCGCCCGACUCACCUGUCUGUCUGUGUGGAGAAGCAGCGCAAAGGAAGAGAAGUCGGGGACACAGCCUACGACAUCUCAAACUGAUAAAGAAGCUGUGCUGCCACCCAAAAACAAGAGAGUGAGGAUUAAUACGGAGGAGGUGGUUGUGGAAGAAGACACUUCAUCAAAAAAACAAGGCAAAAAGAAGAAAAAACAGAAAGUGCAAUGAGCAAUGUGAUUUUAUGUGUCUUGUUUGUUUAUUUCUGUGCAUUUUAGUGAAGAUGUGUAACGGACGUAUUAACAUUUACAACACAUUUAAAAAGUGUAAAGUUUGAGGGGUUUUUUUUUGGCAAGUUAAAGAUUUCUCUUCCUUGUUUGUGGAAAAAAAACCUUCUAUUUCUAUGUACACUUUGCCUCAAGUGUGUCUCCGAAUCGUUCUUUAUAGUGCUGCUUCCAACCAACCGUAUUCAGCUACGUAAUAUGAAAUAUAGUAUUUAUAAGUC